UUUUUUAUUGAGUCAAUACAUUGUGUUUUCUGCAUUAAACAACAACAAAAAACAAACAGACUAAAUUGAGAACCUCCUCCUUUUUUCGAAAUAAAUUAAAUAUAAAAAACUUAUGUCCCUCACUUAUAGUGCAAAGAUAACAGUGACAAAGACAAUGGGAGAUAAUGGUGAUGUUUACAAAAAGUACUUCAACGGAACCUGCACCGUUGGGGUCGGUAGGAAGACGGGGUCCAUAGCACAACGAGCAGACGCAUACAUGAAGGCUGUUAACAAAAGCCUUGGAAUUACGGAACAGGUGGUCGCCACAGAGAAGCCCCGGUCGCUGCGGCUGGAGACGGUGCAGCGCGUCACCUCCAUCCCCAUCGUGGACGCCGGCCUCGAGCUCAGCGAGAAGGUCUACCACAGGAUCCGGGAGUCGAAUCCCCUGAUCCGCUGGUACUUAUCCCUGGGCGAGAAGUCGUUCAACACUGGCGUGCAGAUGGCGCUGCCGGCGGUGCUUCUGUUCGAGGGACCCAUCACGCAGCUGGACAAGUUCCUGUGCAAGUCGCUAGAUGUCGUGGAGCGCCGGGUGCCCUCCAUCUACUUGCCGCCUGAGAGGGUAAGUAUGUACCGCGAGACCCGUGGCUACGUGAUGCGGCGCGCCGACUCGGUGAAGCAGCUGGGGACUGCGGUCCUGGACUCUCGGGUCACGGCGGUGACGGCCGGGGCGCUGGACCGCGCGCUCACCACCGCCGACAAGUACGUGGACAAGUACCUGCCGCCCGACCACCAGGAUGUCGCUGACGUGAUGAUCAUAGUGUCGGGUCCAGACGAGGCGGACGGCGGCGACGGCGGCCGCGCGCGCGCCGCGCAGGCCGUGCAACACGGGGCGCGUCUGCGCAGGAAGCUGCAGCGGAGACUGACGAGGCAGGCGCUGGCUGAGGCCAAGGCCAUCAAGGAGCAGAUACACGUGCUGGUUUAUGUGGCUGAGCUGGUGGCCACCGACCCAGCCCUGGCGUGGCAGAAGGCGAAGGCACUCUACGCGUCUCUGUCGGAGAAGGAGCCGGAGAACCAGGCGCGGCCCAGCACCGUGGAGGAGCUGAUGGUGCUGCUGGCGCGCGAGGCCGCCCGCCGCCUCGUGCACCUCAUCAACUACACGCACACUGACUUGCCCAAGAACGUGAAGCAAGGCAUGGCACUAGUGACCAGCCAUCUGUCUUUCGCCGCUGAAGCUCUUAUGAAGUCGCCGCAAGUGGAAGCCGCUAUGCAGGAAGUGCGCGAGCUGCGCGGCCGUCUACAGGCGCUGCUGCAGCAGCUGCAGGCCACCUCCAGGGUCUACCUGGAACACCUGGCCAUAUUUUUGGCGGGAAAUGAGGAACGUGAGAAGAUUGCUCCGAGGUCGUCCUACGAACAACGAAACGACCUCACUUCAAUAAAUGGAGUAAACUGAAAAAAAUCACAACCAUCGCUCCUUUUACAUUAGGGUUUACCAUUGUAGUUAGUGCCGUCUCACUUUUGUAAACUUAGGGAUAGGUUCUGUGUACGUACAAGAGUCUCGUAUUGCUCUCUCAUUAGAGUAAGGGCGCUUACAUAAAGAAUCGGGUUCCCUGUAUCUACCCGUACCGGUAACUUUAUAAAGAUUUAAAACCGGGAAAUGCUCUAGCGCACUCGCAGAAAGAUAAACAGCAGGUUACCGGUACGGGUAGAUAUAGGGAACCUAGUCUCUCUAUGUAAGCACCCUAACUUCGUAGAAUUCAUAUAAGUAGUAUGAGUAGGUAUUUAGUGAUAUUGUUCUGAAAAGUCUAGGUAGAUAUUCUAAAUAAUUUUAUAAAUUGACCGAAAUGUAUAAGAAUUAAUAUUCCUAUCGAAAUUUAAGUAGGUACCUAAUGAUUUUAUUACUUGAAUAAACCUACCUAGUAUUCAUUUGGUGAAUAGAUAGUUAUAAAGGCUGAUAAUAAUGUAAAUUUAUUCCGUAUAGCGUAGGUACUUAUAGGUGUUGUUAAAUUUCAAAUCUCGAUCCAUGUUAAGAAUCUUGAGGAGUUUGAUUGAUAUUUAAAGAAUAUAAAUUAAAAAAAUGUUACAAAUUA